GGCAAUGGGCCGAGCAGCGUAUGUCAUCGAAGGAGAAUCUCACAAGCAGGCAGCGGAAAGCAGGCAACAUGACGGCCGGCGAUCUGUACAGUCUCGCUCGGGAGCGGUACGCCGGAAACGGCCAUUACUUCGACGUCUCCGGUCUUGUCGUUCCGCUCUGCCUCGCCGACGUCAACCGUGUCAGCUCUGCUCAUAAAUACGAUCGGGACAGAAGGUGCCAAGUACUAUCGAAUGCGCAAGGACACCUGCCUGGCUUCUGAGACGAUACCGUGGUCUGAGCAACACCGAAUGUGGGCUGGCCGCUGCGGCGAUGCAAAGGACGACAAACAGACUCGCAUCAAGGCACGCAAGAAGCUUCUGACAGAAUGCGAGGCCGCGACAGUGUCGUUCAAGAGGAACUGGCCCCGCUCGUCCGUCCACGAGUCCGUGUGGCAAGUCGUCGAGCUGGCCUCGCGAUUCGCACACAACUCCGGUCCGCCCAUCCCAAUCAGGUCCGUCUUCCCUCCCACGAUGUUCCCUAACGAGGCCAGGAGUGACAGGGUCGACACGGAGAAGUGCGCCGCGCAUUUGCCCACUCAGCUCCCGGCGCUGCGUGCUGCGAUGAAUCGAAUGGGCAGGGAGGCCUUCCGUGCGGCCUACGGGCACCACCAAAUCACGUACAUGUUGGACACCAUCCUUGAAGCCGACCCACACAGGCCGAAAUGGUCUGAAUUGCGCUCCAUCGAUGACGAAAUCCGACUGGACGGUAUUUGCAGGUCAGAAAGCAGGAUGUCUUCGACGAGCGCCAACUGAAGGCCUUCGGAGACGCUUCGCGCCUGCGUGGACAAGACAUGAGGGCUCGCGAGUCGGCCUUCACCAAUGUCUACGAGGGUGCGAGGUACUUCCUGCUGGUCGCGUGCCAAGACGCGGCCAA